AUGGAUAAAAAUCUGACGAAGAAAAUAGAGAAGCUCUUUCUUGGUCGAAAGAAAGUGACUUUGACGCUGAAAAAGGAGGGAAAAUUCCAUGAUGAAUCGAUUGUCAAGGUAAUUUCCGACGAAGACCAAGCAUCCCUGCCACAGCCGAAAUCAAAGAAGAGAAAACCAAAUUCGAAUCGUCAUGAAAAACCGUCGACUUCUACCGCGAUACUGAUUAGCUCUGGAGAGUCUGAUGAUGAAUCUUCCAAUAAUUUCACGGCCGAAGAAGCGGAAAGAAAUUAUUUGCUUCAGCUUCAAAAACAGUUUGAUGAUGAAGAAAAUGAAAAGGAAAAUUUCGAGAGGUCCAUUCGAGAAGACAAAGACUUCGAACUGGCCCUCCAACUCGCUGGCGAACAAAACUCCAGCCAGGAAAAACUGUACAAUUCUCUAAAAUCGCUCGUUUCCGAAGACGAAAAACUCGCCCGCGAGCUUCAGGCCUCUUUCGUCCUCUCGCCCGAGGCACUUCCGCUCCAGUCGCCGCGGGGCAAACUCCUUCACAAGCCUCAGGCGUUCUUUUCGGAGAAGAACUUGGGGGCGAAUGUGUAUGUUUCGAUGGCGCCGCAUUUGAACAACCGACUCAAUGAUCCGCAGUGGGAAAUUUUGGACCCGAAUCCGAAUAUUCACGAGCUUUUUCAACACUUUAGCGAUCGUUUCUUCUGGGGCGCGCUAGGAAUCGUCCAACUCGAGUGGAGCAAACGAAUGUACACUUGCGCUGGAAUCUGCUACUACCAACGCCGUGGAAACGCAGAAAGCUGCAUCAUCCGCCUUUCCGAGCCGCUUCUCAAGCUCCGUUCGCGCGGGGAUCUGGUCAACACGCUCAUCCACGAAAUGAUCCACGCGUUUUUGUUCGUCACUCACGAUGAUCGAGACCGCGACGGUCACGGACCACGGUUCCAAGCCCACAGCGCUAGAAUCAACCAGGCGGCAAAGACGAACAUCACCAUUUACCACGACUGGCACGACGAGUCCAACUUUUACAAACAGCAUGUUUGGCGGUGCAACGGGCCUUGCAGAGAUAGGAGACCCUAUUUCGGCUGGAUUCGGAGAACUGCAAACAGAAAGCCGGGCAAAAACGAUAGAUGGUGGAGCCAGCAUCAAGCGACUUGCAAUGGAGAAUUCAUCAAAGUAGCCGAGCCGGAAAAGAAAAAGAAGAAAGAGGUGGAGAAAGAAAAUCCUAAGAAACGGAAAGGGAGUGAGGAAGGGUUCAAGAAACAAAACGUUGGCAUCGACGCCGACGAAGAGAAGCUUUCUCUUGUGAUCUCCCAGCUCUCCGGAAAGGACAUCAACGAGGUGAUCGCCGAGGGCAAAGAGAAGCUCGCGUCUGUUCCCACUGGUGGCGCCGUCGCUGCUGGUGGAGCCGCCGCUGGUGCUGAAGCUGCAGAGGAGACCAAGGAAGAGGCCAAGGCCGAGUCUUCUGAAGACUCAGGAGACGACGACAUGGGAUUCGGUCUCUUCGACUAA